UGUUGGGCUAAGCUCCCCCCUCUGUGCCAGUGUGUCGCCUGAGGUACUGAAGAAAGGAGCUAAGAGAGGCUCGUCCUACCUCCUAAAUAUUGGGCGUACGUCGUUCGUUUGUGCCAUCAUACUUUUCUCGCCAGCUUACUCAUUCCCUCAUUUAAAACUCCGUCAGAAUGAGAAGAAAAAGUCUCUGUUGUGCAACUUAAGAGGGAAUCAUCGGGUAAUGCAAAUGAGUCCUUGAUGUGGAGAUGUCUACUGGUGAUGCCAUUUCCCAUAAAGACACAUAACUGUCAAGUUAAAAAGUGGAAACGACGCGUGUCUGGAUCAAAACGACGCUGAACAACGGAUGUAAAAAUCUCAAAUCGCUCUAUUUGCCGAGCACAGAGUGAUUGUUUAUGGUCAAGACUUAACCGAUGUUGGUUAUAAGUGAAAGAAAUCUUUGGUUUCGUCAGUUUGCGUCAUGACUUCCAGCUAUGCUCAUCUAAUGGACAGACAACCCACUCUACCUAACCGACUGGAGAAUCCGAUCACCGCAAAUCAGGAUCAUUUACAGGCUAAGAAAAACUUUUCCGUAAGUCACCUGUUGGAUCUGGAGGAAGCGCGGGAGAUGGUGGGAGCUCAUGCGGAGGAGAGCGCAGUAGAGGCGGGUAGGAGUAUGCUGGAGUCUCCGGGACUGACCAGCGGCAGCGACACAACACAGCAGGAGAAUGAACAACUCAACUCAGAAGAGAAGAAAAAGCGUAAACAGAGACGAAAUAGGACCACAUUCAACAGCAGCCAACUGCAGGCCCUGGAGAGGGUAUUUGAGAGAACACAUUACCCUGACGCUUUUGUCAGAGAGGACUUAGCACGCCGGGUCAACCUUACUGAAGCUCGAGUUCAGGUCUGGUUUCAAAAUCGGCGGGCCAAAUUCAGACGAAACGAACGGGCAAUGCUAGCAAGUAAAAAUGCCUCAUUGCUCAAGUCUUUCUCAGGAGAAGUAACAGCCGUAGAGCAGCCAAUUGUCCCACGGCCUGCUCCCAGACCCAAUGACUACCUGUCCUGGGGAAACUCACCAUCAUACAGUGCCAUGGCAACAUAUUCUCCUUCAUGUGCGAACAACAACACAGCGCAGGGAAUGAACAUGGCCAAUAGCAUCGCCAACCUGAGAUUGAAGGCCAAAGAAUACAGUCUCAACCAGGUACCCACAGUCAACUGAACUGGACGGCAGAGCAAUACCAGCAUCCAAGCCAAAGCUUUCUGUCAGCGACUAUUUACGUAUUUUUUCUGUCCUUUUGUAUGUGUCUUUACUUUUAUCCAUCUAUUUGUCAAACGAAGAGGAAGCAAAAAAGAACUUCACAAAGGUACCAAGCUUUCCUAAACCAACAGGAGACAUGCCACAUUCUUGGCAUGUGGGAAAAUGACAUGUGGGAAAAUUUGGUUUUGGAAAGCACAUAAUGGAAACAUCACCCGACUGUUGGUAGCAUGAGUGUGGUCAUCUCUUUUGAAGAUGAUGGCUUACUAUAGAUUCUUCGAAACCGUUGCUGACCACAGGGAUUGGAUGACCUCUGCGGAAUUUACAUACUACAAUCUUCCGGGCAUCUGGGAAGUUUUUAGGAUUUCCCCCUUGAUUUCACUUUGGAACUCAUAACUGCACUGAGGCCACAAACUGAGAUUUUGAAGCGUUUUGAUUUUUGGAACUGGGUAAAUACGGCUCUCAUUACUUUUCAGUUUUACCAUGACAAGCAAGGGUUAUGUGUUUAUUUUGGCAUAUACAGAAGUGUAGCCAUGUUAUAUACAGUAUGUAAUUAAUGUU